UUGAUUGGCAGAUUUCCCUUCAGUAGAGAACAACGGAGCUGCUGUUUUUCACUCAAAACUAGCUUAAUUUACUAGUGGAAAUUUUUUCAGAAGCAUUUUUUAACGAGUUCAUCUUUGUUUAUUCGUAUGACUGGAUGAAAGUUGAUUACCGAGCCGCGGUGUUACCCAUUCGUGGCGGAAAAUGGUGGCGAUGCUUCGAACAGUAAGCUAGCCGGUUAGCGGGUCCCGAGUGACGGGGAGACAGAGCAGCCUGUGGGCGGCUGCUGGUAGUGAUAUUAGGCAGCUGGCACUAAAACAAAGGGAAGUUUAAAUUACUUUUAUUUUGUUUUUCCUGUUACUGACCCAGUGUAAGUAAGCCAGUUAGCAUUUGGGCUGACAUCUGUGUACAAUGAGCACGGAGGAGACCGCAGCGCCCAACAAACCUGCUCCUGAUGAUGAUGGCAUGACCUGGUGGUACAGAUGGCUCUGCAAAACAGCUGGCGUUUUGGGAGGAAUAUCCUGUGCAGUCUCAGGAGUGUGGAACUGUGUCACUGUGAACCCUUUAAACAUCGCUGCCGGAGUGUGGAUGGUGUUGAAUGCCUUCGUGCUGUUCCUUUGUGAGGUCCCGUUCUGCUGCCAGUUCGUAGAGUUUGCUAAUGCAGUCGCAGCCCGUGCAGACAAACUCAAACCCUGGCAGAAAGCCUUCUUCUACUGCGGCAUGGCGCUGUUUCCCGUGUUCCUGAGUUUCUCCUUCACAACUUUGUUUGGAAACGCCAUCGCCUUCGCCACAGGCGUCCUUUACGGCCUCGCAUCCUUGGGCAAAAAGGGCGACGCUGUAACUUACGCCAGACUGCAGCAUCAGAAACAGGGCGAUGAAGAGAGGACGGCAGGAACAGCAAAUGGAGCUCCAGAGUGACGAACCUGACGUGACCAUCGUCUUCUGUUUUUUUGUCUUUGCUCUGCGGUUUUCUCCUCUUGUCGUCCCUCCGUCCUACCUUUUCAUUCAGUUUUGUGUUUCUUACACUAAACAACAGCUACAGUGUUUAUUUAUUCAUUCAGUUUG